AUGUACAACUUGAAGUCCCAGCUCGAGGCUGCGGCUUGCAAGAUCUGGUGGGGAACGAGCAAACGCGUGCGCAUCAGUGGCGCCGGCAAUGUUCACUCGAUCUACAUGAAGCGCCGCCGCGGCCGGGAUGAUGAGGAACUCGUUGCGCUUGGCAAUGACACGGCCAUGGAACACUUGAUCAAGGCCCAUCGGGAUGGCUCACUGAAGGGGAUCGAGGUGCUUUUCACGGGUGGAAGGACUGCUCGCAAAUCAUCAUGGAGGCUGGGUAGUCUAUCCCAAGCCGCUCUCGAGGACUACAACUUCUCCGGUCACAGUCCUGAGCCUGCUCACAGGGCAUCCGUCUUCUCCAUCGCCAUCCUCUGGGACAUCCGCUGGCCGACAGAUCUGGACAGGGUCAGCUUGAACACACUGCCCGACGAGCAGUGCAUGGAUCAAAUCGUUGGCGGUGCGUCUCGAGGCGCCAUGGACGUGCUUGAGGUCAAGUACACCAUCACGGGUUGA